UGUCCCAGGCGCACACUCUCAUAUUUUGAAUCCGACUAUCUAUCAAAAUACAAGUACCCGGUCUGCUAGGCUUCUUUCGAAUGUCAAAUCUCCCCUCCGUCUCGUUUGAAACAUUCAGGAGUUAUUUAACGUCCUGAAUGCAAGAAAUGCAGACUACCUUAGCCUCAAUUGCCGCUCGCCUUCCGAGAAUUCCCCUGCGCUCAAGGGCCCUGAACAACUCGGCGUGCUAUGGAUUGCGACAGCCCCUGUAGUCCACAUGGCAACACUUCGCCCAAGGCUCUCAUCCGAUCUGACAUCUGGUUUGCGGAUGGCAAUAUCGUCCUUAUUGCCGACUGUGCAGCCUUCAAGGUCCACCACGGUCAACUCGAAAGGCACUCCGAGGUGUUCCGUGACUUGUUUUCCGUUCCACAGCCCGUCGACCAGAACCUCGUUGACGGUUGUCCUUCAGUUGAGCUAUACGACCGUCCGACAGAUUUAUACCACUUACUUAUCGCUUUGUAUGAUGGAAUCUACUUCCAGAAGCAUACUGCAGCAGAUUUCGUUGCUAUCUCUGCCGUACUUCGUCUCUCCACGAAAUACUUCAUCGAGCACCUACGCGAACGCUGCAUCGCUCGUCUUGCGAUAGACUGGUCCACGUCACUCCCGGAAUGGGAUCGCAGGGAGCACGACGGGACAGAUCGUGAGGGCCGCUACAACCCCCGCGAGAUCUUCCCCCACCCCAUCCUAAUGCUUCAACUCGCUUACGAGCUCAACCUCGACACUUUCCUCCCCAGUGCGUUCUAUGACCUCUCACGUUACGGCCCCAGCAAGAUCCUCAACGGCACUCGUGGUCCGCCGCCAAUUUUCUUCACUGAAGGCGACCCCGAAGGUCAGCUUGCCCGCCUCUCAGACGAUCAUCUGUACGCUGUGUUCCUGGGUCGCGAGGCUGCGCAGUUGUACAUACAUACCUUCCUCGAAUCUGCACUUCGCGACCGUCCGUCCACCAACUGUGCAAACGUGGGAAAGUUGAGUGCCGUGCACUGCGUUGAAUCUUUCUACUUCAUACACCUCAACGUUCUGCGUUCUGUCGGUGGGAUUGCAUGCGGACGCGACGCAGAUCCGCUAUACACACUUCUACAAGCUGCGGAAAUGUUGGAAAGGACUGAUUUUUCAGAUGGGGUGAAGACGUGCGGGCUGAGAAUGUGCUCAGUAUGUAAGACUGAAUUUGUGGAUGCCGUUAGGAAGGCAAGGCUGGAGGUAUGGGAGCUGAUUCCGGAGUGGUUUGGACUCAGGGAACCAAGAUCUGUGGAGGAUAUGAACUAGAUUUUUUACAAUUUAUAUCAUGGUAUUAUUAGAAUGCACAG